AUGAAAGAGAGGGUCGUCUGUCCUUUACUUUUUUUGUUUUGUUUUGCACAUCAUCAUCAACUCUAUUAUUUAAAUAUAAAUCCUUUCCUUCAUCCUCCUCCUCGUCAUCGUCCUUUACCCUUUUGUAUAUGUCCUCCUCUAUUUAUUUUUAUAAUUUGUAUUUUUGUUGGUGAUUGUUUUUCUGUUUUAAAAAUUGUAAUUAAUUGGUUAUUUUUGUAA